UGAGAGCGCCGAUUGGUUACAUUCGCUCGUUUAGUGUGGCGCGAUUUGUUAUUUGAAAAUGUUUGAGUAAACUGCCAUGUAAUGCUACAUUCUUGUUUGUGCUUAGGCUUAGAGUGUGGUCUUUUUCAAUUUACUGCACUAUGUAUAGUUUAACUAAAGUGGUUCGGUAAAAAAAAUAACGCAACCGGUAAGCGGAAUCCCUCUCCAGUUCUUGUAUGUCUCGAUGCUCCUACCCUCUACAGUUCCUGUGAACGCUCUGCGGGGAGGAACCAAAAUUGGAUGCCGGAAGUUUACGCUGUUUUUUACGGUUAGGUGUCAACACACAGUUCAGUGUUGAAACCGUAGGCAAUCUACUCGAAUAUGAAGUCUUUCUCUUCCAACAGUUGUCAAACGCUGCUGGCCACCACAUCUUGCUGUGCGGUUGCAUCAAUACUUCUUUUGAAAUGGAUAAAUUCCAGGGAGAUACAACGAAAGAUAGACAGAGCGAAAUUGAGAAGGGAUAUCUCGCUACAGGAGGCAGAAACUGCUGUCCAGCGAUUCCGAGAAAAGUACCCAGGCCAAGAAACUGAUCUCAUCCUAUCCUUGUCCCUGACUGAAUUGACAAAAAAACUGAAGGAUGGUUCGCUAACUCCUGAUACAGUCUUACACACUUACAUGGGAAAGGCUUUGGAUGUGAACCGGAAGUUCAAUUGUGCCACUGUGUUCCUUUUGGAGAGCUGUGAGCAGCUUGGUGAGGCAGAAACUCACCGGGAAGGCCUUCUCUAUGGAGUUCCUGUCAGUAUUAAGGACAACCUUGGAUACAAGGGCCAUGACUCCACCUGUGGAGUUAUCUCUAAGCUGGAGCAGCCUGUUGAUGUUGACAGUGUAGUGGUCCAGGUGCUUAAGAGACAAGGCGCCAUCCCCUUUAUCAAGACCAAUGUGCCCCAGGGACUUCUCAACUACGACUGCAGCAACCCCAUUUUUGGGCAGACGGUGAACCCCCAUAAUCCCCAGAAGACGUCAGGGGGCUCAUCCGGUGGGGAAGGAGCACUGAUUGCAGGAGGGGGCUCCAUCCUGGGCAUGGGCACCGACAUUGGGGGCAGCAUUCGCAUUCCAGCAUCUUUUUGUGGGAUAUGUGGAUUCAAACCCACAGCCAACCGGUUGAGUAUGCGCGGUUCCAGCUCAUGCUGCCGGGGCCAGAAGACAGGGGUGUCAUCCUUGGGCCCACUGGCGAGGGAUGUGAACAGCCUGGCCCUGUGCAUGAAGGCACUGCUCUGUGAGGACAUGUUUGCUCUGGACCCCUCUGUGCCGCCUAUGCCAUUCAACGAGCAGGAGUAUUUAAGUUCUAGGCCCCUAAGGAUUGGUUACUAUGAGACUGAUGAUUACCAGCUGGCAUCGCCAAGCAUGAGGAGAGCCGUACGGGAGGUGAAGGAGCUGCUGGAGGGAGCAGGACACACGCUGGUCCCUUUCUCUCUUCCUCGAGUAGCCUAUGCCAUGAAUAUGUUCACCACAGGUAUCUUGGGAGAUGGAGGGGCUACUUUGCUCAGCAACUUCAAGGUGGGUCCUGUUGACCCUUGCCUAAAAAGCCAGACAGUGCCCUACGGCCUGCCGCUCCUGAUCAAGAAGAUCCUUUCUUUUCUCCUCCGGCCCUUGUAUCCUCGUGUGGCUGAUGGAAUGGCUUGCCUUUGUGGAGUCGGAUCUGUACAAGCCCUGUGGAGGCACUAUGCAGAUGCUGAGGACUACUUUUAUGAGUUCAGUGAAGAGUGGAAAAAACAGGACCUCGAUGUGUUGCUUUCCCCUGCACUUGGUCCAGCCUACAACUUCAGAUAUUGUGGGAAGCUGACGUGUGCCUUGAGCUAUACUGCUUUCUAUAAUGCUCUUGGCUUCCCUGCUGGGGUAGUGCCGGUCUCCAAGGUGACAGACGCUGACGAAGAAGAGCUGAAGCACUACAAGGGAAACUAUGGAGACAUAUGGGACCGGUUCUUCAAACAGGCAGUGACCGGGGGUCAGGGCCUCCCUGUGGCCGUACAGUGCAUCGCUCUUCCCUGGAAAGACGAACUCUGCCUGCGCUUCAUGAAGGAGGUGGAGCAGUUGGUCAGAGACCUCAGGAACAGCAGCACGUAGGAAUGCCACAGAAUGAGUCCAUCUCUAGUGUGUGGAUAUGGGCUGACGUGUCUGUUGUCAGAUUGAACGCAUAUCGAUUAAGGGCGCGGUCACACAUGCGCAAAAUUAACAUCGGCGAAUAUUCGCCUCCCGUUCACUUCCGUUCUAUGCGAGCGAAGGGGCGAAUAAAGCAUUCGC